CAAGCGCAUGCACAGAAAAGAGCACGGGCACCAGUCUUGGUUUUGAAACUCAGGACUGUGCUUCUCUUCAGCUUUGCCCAGCAUGUGUGAACUCCGCAGGCCUCAAGGAUUUAGCAGCCUGUCCCAGGAAGAACGCUUUGAAAUGUGUUAUUUGUGAGAAAAUUGUUCUUGGGAGGCUUCAUUUCUGGUUUGACUUGUUUUGCCGCUUUAUGUAAGUGUGAUGAGUUACUCCUGAGGCCGUUGGGUUUUUGUCUGCAGCUGGAGUCUUCAUUAUCCUCCCUGCAGUCCUCUUCCACUUCAUCAACAAGAAGCUCUGCUUUGAAAAGAGAGGUGGACCCCCAUGUGUGGAACAACAAGGGAGAAGAAAGCACUACAGAGAAACGUCCAGAGAUCACGAGAGUCUUGGUCUGUUGACAGCUGUAACCAGAAUGCGUGCGCUUCAGAAAAGCUCCCUGAAUUAUAAGUGACAUGCUGGCAAAGCUGAACAACUGAUCACCAGAUACUGGCAUAGUGUUAAACAUGGCUUCUGAGGCUGCUCAGAAUUUCCUUCAGCCACUGUCUUCUUGGAUGUCUCAAAUAUAUGAAGCUCUCCAACAAGCAGGAGACUCUAUAUCUGCUUCACUGCUGAAUUUGAGUGGAGUGGGUCGUAAAUCAGAAGAAGAGAGGAACCGGGACUUGGAGAAUAAUGGAGGAGUUUAUGAGGGUUAUGCUGAGGAAUCAGAUGAUGAACGACACCUGGACCUCUGGGAUGAGGAAUACUUAUAUCCUAGAGAAGAUAGUCACGUUGGGGAUCUGGAUCUUGCUUCACAAGACCUCUCUCAUGGCUCUGACAUGGGUGCACAGAUGCAAAAACGGGUUAAAAAUACCAGCAGCUUACCAGAGCAGUGUGUUGAAAGCACCAUGUCUUUGACAGCCAAUGGAUCCUACUGGACAAAUGAAGAUCUCCAGCCCCUUGAUCAGCUUCCUCCCAUCGCUGAGGAAGAAGGUGAGCGCUCUGUGAGGAUAGAAGGUCACGAGCACAACCUUGACUUGAGUGGCUCCUUAAAACAUCAUAAUGGCAAGGCAAGUUUUGCAGAUCUGGAUGGACUAAGCCAACUGAGUUACCAAGACAACCUAUCCUGUCAUGAAGAUGACCAUAUAUCUGUUGAUUCAAGAACAACAAUUGAUAUUAGGCGUGCUGGGCAGCAUAAAGGGCCUAGGAUGGAGACCAGCAUUGCCGAUGGCGUUAGCCAGCAAGCCACAGAAGGACAUUUGGAGAUGGCAUUUGAAGUCAAUGAUGCUACUGACAGCUCAUCAGCUUGGAGCCCUGAGGAACAUGAUGAAGUGAACAGUGUACCAGCUCAUCAUGGUGCUCACGAGCCCAUCUGUAAAUGUGGUGAUCUAGAUGUCAUUUUCAACUAUAAAGCCUCAAGUCAAAAGCUUGCAGUUACUAUCUUGGAGGCCAGGGACAUCCCAGACAAAGACCGCAGUGGUGUGAACACCUGGCAAGUGCACACGGUCCUGAUGCCUAGCAAGAAACAGAGGGGUAAGACAAGUGUUCAGAGAGGACCCAUCCCCAUGUUCAAGGACAAAAUUACCUUCAGUAAGCUGGAGCCAGAGGAGUUAAGCAGCCACGCCAUUCGUUUCCGCCUCUACGCGGUGCAGAAGGUGAUUGGAGAGAAGAUGAUGGGAGAGCAGUUGUUCUACCUGAGCAACAUCAGCCAGGAAGGGGAAGCGAAGGUGACAUUGGUCUUGGAGCCAAGGAGUAAUUUGAGUAGUGCAGACUCUCAGCUUAGUCUGUCAGCAAUCUCUCACAGCGACAGCGCUUCUUCAACACAGUCCCUGUCGCAUGGAGGGGUGCCAGAGCUGCUUGUGGGAUUGUUGUACAAUGCCACUACGGGUCGGCUGUCAGUGGAGAUGAUCAAAGGCAGUCAUUUCCGAAACCUCGCAAUUAAUAGGCCACCUGAUACCUAUGGAAAGCUCUGCCUGCUCAACUCUGUAGGCCAGGAGAUGUCUCGCUGCAAGACCUCCAUCCGUCGAGGGCAGCCCAACCCUGUCUACAAGGAAACUUUCAUCUUCCAGGUUGCCCUCUUCCAGCUCUCCGAUGUCACUCUAAUGAUCUCCAUAUACAACAGGCGCAGCAUGAAGCGCAAAGAGAUGAUCGGCUGGAUCUCCAUGGGUCAAAACAGCAGUGGGGAGGAAGAGCAAAGUCAUUGGCAGGAGAUGAAGGAAUCGAAGGGGACACAGGUCUGCAGGUGGCACACACUACUGGAGUCCUAGGGGUUACCAGGGCAGCCUGCAGGUCCUGGGACCAUGAGCUGUGUCUUCCCUUGUUCGCAGUCAACAGAAAACAGUUAUCCCAUGGCAAGCACUGUGGACUGGCAGGUCACGUACCGUACACUUUAACUUGACUUCUCAAUGUUAGCAGUCGUGGGUAUUAAAGGUGGCAAGGUCUGGAAAGCAAGUUUAGUUCUUGUCUUUCCAGGUUGUCUUGCAUUUCCUACAUCCAAAUAAAUAACCCUAGGGAACACCAAUGGGAAAAUCUACAAAAUCCUCUCCUUGGUAAUUGUCUUGCUCAUUUUGUCAUAGGCUUAAAUCACCACGGACUGAUUUUGAUGAUAUUUUCUUCUGGAGUAAACUCUCUAUUCCCUCACGCCCCUUAUUUAUAUUAAUGAAGUUUGCAAAUAUUCUUGACACACAGAUAGGCUAACCUGCAUGCAGAUCACAUUCUCUCUCUUUUAUUAUUGUGUUUCUAAGUCCUAGAAAUAAGCAUUUGAUACCAAUGUAGACUGGAUUAUAUAUUUUUCAGGCAGCAUGGGAAAGCACUUUUGAAUUUUCUGUCAAAUUUUAAGUGCCUCGACAUUACUACUGUUCUCCUGUACUAACAAUUGUUAUUAGGACUAAACACCACUAGUAUUUUUAAUUAGGCAUCCCAUGCACUUGUUAGCCUGUGUUGCCAUAGAUUUGCACGAGAGAAAAUUAGCAUCAGUUUUAUAUUGCAAUUAUACAGUGCAUGUUUAGAUGCUUACUUGAAGUUCAUGGCUUCUGUCAUCAUGAAUACCAAAAAAAGCCAGAACAAUCUGCACAUCCACCUUUGUGCCUGAAUCACUCGUUUCUGCAUCGUUGUUUUGCCAACAUGUUACUUUGUUUUUCAAAAGUGAGAUUCAUUCAGAAAAGCAUUUCUGUGCACAUUACACAGGAAGGCUUUGGACCCGUGAUUUCUCUGCGGUUCAGUUAAGCACAAAUCAGUUUGCUGAGGGCUCUUCUUCAAUUAUGCUGUCCUGUAAUAUAUUCUCGGGAUCUGAAAGGGGACGGUUUUUGGCAUGUGGAGCAGUAGAGGAUGCCAGACCAUGUCACCUCAUCUUCAGGGCGAGCUCUCCUGCAGGCCAGGAAUAGGACCUGGGGGACCCCUCCUUGAGGGGCUGCUGGCUCUGCUGGACUAGCGCCAGAGAGAAGUAUUAUGCUUCCUGCCUCUAAGUGAAAGCAAUGCAAGGAGCAGGCUUACUGGAUGAGGUGAUGACACUUUUAUGUAGUUACUUUGAAGACUAUAUUGUCAUUUUCCAUUUUAAUACUUUUUUCCUGUCUCUCUAAGUUGAAGCUGUGGAGACGAGAUGUGGAGCUGUGGAUAGGGGACACAUCUUAGUCUGCUACUUAUUGAAAGUUUAGUGGUUGUUAGCUGUUGCAAUGCCACGUGCAGCACAGCAGAGGAUGUUAAUCAUCUAGUGUAGUGACGGUACGUGGGCAGUAAGGUGCUGAGAUCUUCAAAUACUACCAGCUGCCCAGUCUCCUGUUCCCCACGCUAUCCAAGGGAGGACUGGCAUUUCCCCGUUCCUGCUGAUGACAGCAAGACACGGGAAAUAUUUUGCUGAAAAGAUUUGUCUGUACUGAAUCACUUCAUGUUUUGUUUUUGUCGUUUACUGAGACCUGGCACCAAAUUCUGCCUCCUACUGCAUCACAGCCGUCUCCUUCCCUUCAAUGGUGCUUUGCAAAUCUAACCAGUGUGAACUUUGGCACUGGCUGUUUGACCAAAAUUGAGCCUUGGUGCUGGUUUGCAUCACAUGCAGGCUAGGCAGAGCCUGCGGGCAGUGCUGUGAUAGACACAGGUUAUCAUCACUUGGUGUGAUACACACAGGCUUUGUCUGUCCUCAUGCAGACAGAAUAACCUGCAUGUAGAAGGAAUUCUGAUAUAGGUGGUACAAACUACAGGCUGUGGUUUUAUCUAUUCUUAUCACUUACCUGUCUGAGCAUCAUUUUUCUGGUGAGACUGGUGGGUAUCCUAUGCAGGAGGGUUGUCCUCCACUGCCUAGAUAAGUUGGCAUAAUAUCUGCUUUGCACUACUGGGGCUUUGUAUCACAAAGCAGGAUCUAACCCAAAUACAGCGCAGCGAACAAAUACGUGUUUGACUGCACUUUUAAUGCUGCUGUAUUACCAGUGUGAGAGAAAAUGAGCAGUUGAAUGGUAACCAGCAGAACAGAAAUGUGGUUUUAUCAUGUACUUUUAUUCUGGAAAAAAGUAGAGGCAACAGCCUGGUUCAAAACGUGCAUUUGCUGGUUUCAGUUGUUUUCCAAUCUCUGCAUCUCUUUUCCUGAGUUGUGUAAAAUGUAUAUACAAGUGUUUAUAAGUAAUUGUAUCAUCUGGAAUGUGUAUGUAUAAUAAACUUACUGAGAUUCUCUUCAUAACUUUUUGAACUUGCAAAGUGUUGCUUAUGCUUAAUGAUGACCUAAGGGAAAAGUAUAAGUUGAUAAUAUGUUCCAGCAGUGAACUGUAGAUAACCCAGAUUUAUAACAGUGUGAUUAAAACAAAAUCAUUGGAAAAGAUCAUUUUAAAAAGCAAUGAAGUAAACUGGUUUUGGACUUCCAUGCUUUUUUCACAUCAAGAUCUUUUCUGAAGAUACAGCAUUAAGGGAACUGAAUUUUCAUAUAUGAUUUCAGUGUAGAAUAUUGGGAGUCACAGGAAAGCAGGUGAAAAUAGCUUACUUAGAAUAAGUUAAUAUCCGAGCCCAUGCUAAAACUUUGCUCUCCAAUGGAAGCAGGUUACUGCAUCCUUGCAACAUUUUGGCCUGAUGUUUUACCAGAUAAAUCUGGAGAGAAGGGAAAAGGGAUGAGGCAAGGGAAGCACUGGGGUUUUGGAGCUGCUGCUAAACCUGUUGGUACACCUGUGUCUUGAGCAGUGUAUUUAUGGGGUUCAUCAAAUUCCUGCUGAAACAACGGAGGAAUUUAGGAAUCUUGGGAUGAACAGAAUGUUGCACGUGCCCAUGCUUGCUAGCUGUACUUUGGGAUUUGUGUUGCUUUUGUGGUUUAUUUUUCUUUUCAGUAUUGACUGUCUGUGAAAUGAAGGCUUGGCAGCAGCUGCCCUGUAUUCCACAGCUCCCCUAAUUCUUCCCGUUCACAGAUUGAAUUAGUCAUUGCUAAUAUUGAUACAGGCUGGGCUUGUGCUCAUGGUCUUUCUUAUGUACUUAUGCCCUUUCAGUCACUGCUUUAACCCGUUGUUUCCUUUGGAAGUGGCUGACAAGACUGAAUUCCAGAAAUAUUUCAAUUCCUUAGGAAUUUUGGCUCGCAGUUGGCAAUGGUCAGGGGACCUGAUGCCCUGUGCUCUAUUGGCCUCCAUCCAUGUGUAUGCCGAUGUUGAUGCCUGGUCUCUGCUUCUGAGGGGUUCCAGAAGGAGCAGGAAAACAACAUCUGACCUGGUUCUGGGAGUGCUUGGGUGCUUGCAGGUCCAAAUUAUGGAGGUUUCCUAAUGCAUUCGUGUUUUCUAAGAUAAUUCAUCCCUUUUUGACACCACUUUCUGAAAUCCCCUUAUAGCAUAUUUGAGUUUUCUUCUCUUCAGGAAAAACAAACAAACAAACAAACAAACUGUAAACCCACAAAACCAUUGUGUGGGAAGGAACAAACUGCACUGGCAUAAACCCAGAAUAUUGUGGGCAAGUGCCCUGGAUGCAUCUCUGUAUCUUGAACAGCAUCGUUCAGCUAGUUGCAGUCUGGUUCUUCCUUGGUCCCUCUCCAGCAAGCACGCCCCUGUCCUGCUAGUCUCUCUGCUGUUGUUUUAUAUUUUUUUUAGUUUUAAUGUGUAUUGACAACAGAGCAGAAUGAUCUCACCACAUUUAUAUUCCCUGUAAUAAUGCUGACUUUCAACUGAUGCCCACAGAAAUGAGUACCUCUUUUAGCCCACUGAGCUCCAGCUUGAGCUUACUGAAGUGUCCGUUUGUAAAGGCUUUGUCUGGAUGCUCUGCUACAUCGUCUGAUUUGUCUGAGUUUCCUUUUUACCAGUGUCUUUAAUUACCUGGACCCUGCUGUGUCCUGCUCGCUCCUGUCACUCUGGCUUGUCUGUAUUUCCCUUGUGGGGUAAUGUGGGUUGUGCAGCUCCUGGGGCACAUGGACAAUACUUGGAUAUAUUUUUAGCGGCUGCAGAUCCCGAGAAGUUAUUUGCUGCUUUACAUAGUUGACUGAUCUUCAGUCAUGAAUGUCUUUAGAUGUUCUUGAACGCACAGAACCAAAGGCUGCCAGCUGCUAUUGAUCAUUUCUCCAGCAUAAAGCCUAAGGUGGCAGCCUGGCAAAGGAGCAGGCAUUUCCUCUGGUGGCAGUUCAUUUUCUCCUUCAGCUGAAACUGGCGAUGACCUUGGAGCUAGCGUGCCUGCAGAGCUUGCUUUCCACUCCCAUAUUUGUCAUCAUCUUUGAUCUGUAUGAUCACUGCACUUCAUCUCUCGACCUCUCAGCUGCCUCUGCCCUUCAGCACAAAAGGGGGACAGAAAGGCUGAGCAAAGAAUAUGGCCUUUCCUAUCACGUUAUCCCCGGGCUCAAGGGGAGCUGACUCCUGGAGGGGUCAUCUUAAAGUUAUGAUGCUCAUUAUCAAGACCUUGCCUCCCUGCUCUCUAGUCUGCUUGUGGAGUUAGAAGCUUGUUGGUCGGUCUGUGAUACUUUAAUAAUUAUAAAGUAGUGACAUCCAUUCCCCACAGUGUAGACCGAGUUAAUGACAGAGGAAAUAACCUGUUCUGUAUUUACGUUCCUUUUUUUUUUUUAACCUCCUGUAAGCAUCGUGUUCUGUAAAAGGACGAGAGAGCCUGAAGGAAUUAGUAUGCAGGCGCAUCCGCUUUCCAUUUGAAAUGUACUAAGUGUGAUGUUUGUAACUAUGGUUUAAGAGAAAAAAAAAAGCAGCCAGGGUUUGUAGAAGAUCUCACACUUUGAAUGAGGUAGGUUUUUCCCUUCAGCGUGCGCUACCCCAGCAAAUCCAUUCUCGUACCCCCGGCAGUGAUUCUGGCUCCCAGCUGGCCUGUUUCUGUGAUAAAAGCAGCCAGCAGCUGACAGAUCCUAAAGCUUGGAAAGACAUACAGGAUAAUUCAGCAGAGCUGGUUUGGGUGUUUAUUUGGAAUCUAGUGCAGAUUUAACAAGCUGUCGUGCAAAAAAUGAAAAGCCAGAGCAGUGACGGCGAGGGCGGUGGGGACGGGGGUGUCUCAGGGGGGUUGAGAUGCUGUAGAGCUGGGAAUCUGCUCACUCUCUAUUCUAGAGAGCAGCACAGCCAGGCUGCAGUGGCAUCAGGCCUGGGCUGAAACCUGGUUUCUCUGUAUGAUUCCCUAGCUCCAGAUCUGCUGAAGGCAUACGGCUUUUAAAAAUUAUUUAUUUAUUAUUGCUUUUUUUCAGCUCAGAGUGAGCUUGUGUUUUCCUGCAGCCUACGCUGUAGGCCUUAAGAAAUGAAUGUGUAAAUAUUUUGUCUGUCACAGCAGCCCAAGGUCAUCUUUCUGGAACAGCAAACAGGCACAGAAUCCAAAGAAGAUCAGUCUGUCAUGUGAGUAAGGUUAGCAUCUGCACUUACAAAUGACAAAGGCUAUUAAUCCUCAUGCUGUAAUCCCCAAGCUGUUUGCCAGCUGGCAGCAGGAAGAUGUUCCCGCUCAACCCACACAGCUAUCCAUGUUUUUUUCACCUUUAUGAAGCAGAUAUAGGUCAAUACUGCAGCCUGGAUAAAGAACUUGGUAGAUACCAUUCAUCCCUUCUAGCUCAUUACAAUCCCUCUCUUCUCCACACAAGCCAUCUCUACAAACGAGGGUGUAAGAGGAGAGCUGCAGGCUGUGUUCUCCCUGUGCUUAUUCCCCAAAAUAGAAGGCUGAAGGUCAGAUUUUUCCCUGCUUUACUACUAAGUUUCUCAUGGGAGGAUAAAUUUUGAGAUCUUGCUGGAGAGCUGAGCAGCCAGAGCAAAGCUCUGUCACUCAGCAGGUCUUUACACACAGAGCAGGGAAAACCCAGUGCUUGGGUGAGGCAGAUAGAAGUCCAGUGUUGAGACAUUUUCGAUCCUAAUUUGGGAACCUGCAUGGGAUUUGGGUAUAGCCCAUCACAGGGGAAUAAAAUCUGAAUCCAAUGAGGUACCAGUGAUGAAGGAAGCCUGUGCUGCUUGACAGUGAUACAGGUGGGCUGUGAUGGUCUGAUCUUGCAGAACAAAACCCGUACAGUCACCAUGCUGUACCCUGUGAGGAUUUGACAUCUGAGGCUGGAAAAAGUAGAAGAAGAGACCCAAAAGCCAGAUGGGAGCUGUGGAGCUCCACUCAGAUAUAUUAGUUGCUCAUCUCUUCAGAAAACUGGAAAGCAAAUUGUUUGGUUUCAAUUAACAAAAGCAGUUUAACAGAAAUCACAGAUCCUUGAGCAGCUGCAGGUGUGAGGAAGAGAGGACAUUACCUCCUGGCUCUUCUGUUUCCUCCAGGCUGUAAUACAUGACCAUCUAAUAGAUACCAAAUACUCUGGAGGUAUGUCUCUGCUGUAACAUCAUACCCAGCAUGGGAUAAUAUUGUUGAGUAACAAGAGACAAAAAGCUGAUCUGGGUCAUGGGUGAAGAGUGAGAAAGAUUCAGGAUUCAGACAAAAGCUAAAUUCUUUCCUGAAUCUCCCAGCAAUUAAUUAGCCUUGACCUCCAGGGACGGCAUUUUAUUCUGCAAAAUAUUUCCUCCUCCCUUUAUUUCUCAGACCUAGGAGAAGGUUGCAAAUUUCUCUCUUCAUUAGCAGCUGGGAAAAAUCAUACAAUUUUACCAGCUUUCCUCAUCCUAGUUGUGUCUUGUUAACACUUUCCACUUGCUUUUCCUUCAUGCUCUAUCCAUCAUGGCAUCUCCUUUACUCUCAUUUAUAUCUGUAGAGAUCUGCUCCAAGUCAGGUCUGUGCCCAGUAGCAAUAUCUUAUGUUUAUGGUGCUCAGGAUAAAACCUAUCCUCCAAUCUCUUGCCAUCACUAUGUGGCACCUCAAGCACAAGUUUUCCAAUUAAACUGAUACCACAUCUCUCCCGUAGUCCUCUGCUGGCACUGCUGUGGUUUUUGUCUUGCUAGGCUGUAUUCUCAGCUGUAACUUCAUUGACUUUUUCCCAGCAGAGAGUUUUGUUUGUCAAGAAGAGGAAAUGAAGUAAUCAUUUGGUAGACUUAGCAUUUAAAUGCUGCAUGGCAUUUAUAUAUGUAUAUAUAUAUAUAUAUAUAUCUAUAAAUGUGUUUUUUUUCUAUGGUAGAAUGCCAGUAGGCAUUUGCAUGAAACACAUCUCAAUGUGUAUUUGACUGUUGAUUUAAGUAUACUGUAUAUAAUAAGUUAUUUUUAGUGUGUGUUGGCUUCUUUCUAUAUUGGAACAAUAUAGAAAGGGCAUUGCCACGGGAUAGUACUGUAAGCCCACUUACUGCAUUGCCCUCCUGGUAUGUAGUAGAAUAAUCUAUUUUUUAAGAGGUUUUUUCUAUCAUUGCUGUCAUAUACUCAGCACAGAUCAGGGAAAGGUAGUGAGCCAGUUGGUAUUCAGAGUAAUUCAGUCCUGUGGCUGAGGGUUCGUCAAGAGUAAUAGAAAUCUCAGCUCUGCUUUUCCAACCUGAGAUGGACAAACACAAAAUUUAUCCAUAAAUCAAUCACUUUAGAUAAUAACAAUACAGACAAAUUAAUAAAAAUGCCAGCUUCCUAACUUCUGUCAGUUGCAAAAGCAAGUCUUCUAGACCUUCAAUGUAUUGCUGAAUUAUUUUUAUGAUAAAUAAAUCUAUAAAAGGAGAAGUGUUCAUACCGUGAAGGUUGUAAGAAACAAAUUCAUAUACCUUUUCCACUUUUAUGAAGUUCAAAGAUUUGCACUGAAAAUUGUACCUUGAAUCUACUUAAUAAAUGGCUGGUAUUAACUGGUGGGGUCACUGGAAUGUUAUGAGCAUUAUUUCACUUGCUGUGUGUGUGAUUGAAAGAGAUAUCUGAAGUGCAAAACUGUGAUAAAAAAGAUGAGAAAUACGAUGAAAAGAUGUUUCGAUAUUCGACAGGAAGAGUGGUACGGGUUUAUUCUUAGCUUUUCAUGUACUUGACAAUGAAACAUUUUUAUUCUACUUAAGUGCUAACGUGCAUGAUCAUACAAUAUAUUGCCUCUCGCUAAUUAUAUGCUGCGUUAGGAAUACUAAUGUCUAGAUGAUAUCUGACUGGAAAAAAAAAAGGCAUUAAAUCCAGUUUCUGCAGAAUUUUGGGCUGAAAUUAUCUACACAUGCAUAAAGCCAUCCACACCUUAGAAACAUUCUUAUUUUGUUAUUGUGAACACUGUAGUUAUAGGUUUUUAUCAAUAAAAUAGAAGCAGAUGGCUCAUGUAGACAUGCAAAACCGACGUCUCUUCCUUUUUUGUUUGUAUUGUGGCAGAAGCGAGUGAAUAUGAAUAUAGGAGAGGUGGACGUGUUUUGUUCAGAACAAAGAUGCAGGUGUCCGGUGCAUAAUGUAUAACUGGGAGGAAUGGGAAAUAGCCCCCUCCCUUGGUCCCCCUGUCUGUCCACACUGACAGAGGGGCCCUGUGGCUGCAGGUGGAGGCUGCUGAGGACUUUGGGGAACUGAAGAUGUUCCAAUAUCCUGCUGUGUCUUUACCUCCUCCCUCCAUACACCGCCUUUCCGCCAGCUCUAUGUGGGGAAGUGCUGGUUAUCUGUUUGAUGUCUGGUGUUCCCCCAUCUCUCACCCAGCCCUUGGCAAGACUUGGAGCAGCCCCUCUCACUCAACUCAAUGGUGGUUCUCCAGCCGUCCUUUCUCCUAUAUGUCCACGGGUGUGCCACCUGCACCAGAGCACGUCAAGAUCAAUGUGUCUCAUCUAUGUAGACACCAGCUUCAUUGACAACCCGGCCAUGUGUGUGGGACACUGAGGGAUGCUCAUCACUCAUCACUCUCUAUAACUACCUGAAGGGAAGUUCUAGCCAGGUGGGGAUCGGUCUCUUCUCCCAGGCAGUUAGCAAUAGGACAAGGGGGCAUGGGCUUAAACUCUACCAGGGGAAAUUUAGGCUGGAUAUUAGAAAGAAAUUCUUUACAGAGAGAGUGAUCAGGCAUUGGAAUGGCUGCCCAGGGAGGUAGUGGACUCGCCGUCCCUAGAGGUUUUUAAACUGAGAUUGGACAUGGCACUUAGUGCCAUGAUCUAGUAAACGGACUAGAGUUGGACCAAGGGUUGGACUCGAUGAUCUCCGAGGUCUUUUCCAACCCAGUCGAUUCUGUGAUUCUGUGAUUCUGUGAUAUGCUCCCCAUAGCGGUUGGAUUUGUCUUGCUUUGGAAACAGAGGUAAGAGCUCAAGCCUUGGGCUGGAGAGCUGAAAUUGGGCUGACAUGAGGCCAGGAACAUCACCUCAGCAAUUACAGAUAUGUCUUUGUCUGGUGGCCACUUAUGCUUGCAUGUACUUUUAGUCAAGAUAUAUUUGUGUGUGUUACACUUCUGCCAGGUCACAGUUGUAAUCCAUGCCUACAUUAAGACAGAGAAAGACAGAAGCUAAAAAAAUUUCCAAAUCAGUGAUUUUGGACUGGGAAUAAUGUGUUUCUCUCAGAAUAGCAAUGCUGUCUUUGAGGGAGACUUGAGAAACCAUGAUUCCUGAAUCCCUGCUGGCAUCCGCAGGGCUGGCUUUCCAGGACCGGCCCACAAAUAGAGUUUCUUUUUCUAGCGAUGGUUGGUAGCUUCUGAAAGACUCAGCAGCCCAGAAGUGGCUGGUACAAGCCAUGUCUGGGUACAUGGAAAACCCAGCCCAAAGCUCCUCACCUGAAAGAUGGCAGGGAAAUGGGGUACACUGGGAGACUCAGAGAGACAUGAGGGAGUUCAGCAAAACUUACCCUACUUGGUGCAAACUGGUGAUGAAAAACGUUUUCCUAAGUACUAACAUCUGUGGGAUGACCAAGGUCAGCUGAGAGGGGUGAGGAUGGGAAAGAGCUGGAGACAUUUUGCAUUUUUGGAGACCUUGACAGCAGGGCUGGCUGCAGAGGGGAGGUUGGGGGUUUGCUCUGGGCUGCAAUCAGCGCCCCAGCAGCUCCUCUGGGCACAGAAGGGGAUCUGCAGAACCAGGCACUGGCUGUGAGUUGCUCUGGGGUUUGGGAGCUCAGGUGAGUGCUGCUGCCGAGGUGGUGACAUGGCCUGAGUGAGUACUACAGCAGCACUUUCCUGGCCUGAUUAUUCAUAACACUGUUUCACCCCAUGCGUUUUUCUGAAAACCGCUUAAAAUUCACCCUGCCCAUCUCUUGGCCUCAGUUCCCCCACCCACUCCAUGAUAUUUCUCCUGUGUAAAACAAAUCCUGAGGGGUACAGGCAAUUACUCAAAAAGAUUUGGGCACUGCUGGGGACACUGCACUUAUUUGACUGUUCCCACAGCCUCACCAUGUCCUUGUGGGGAUGUCCUCAGCCACCACGUGGUGACAAAGGAGCUGAUGGUGCUGUCAAAGUGGGUGGGUUUUCUCUGAUCAUCAGCACAGGAUCAAACAAAGUGGGUUUUGGUUUAUUCCUCUGGGCAGACUUGCCUUUGUCCCUGUUCAAGCUCAGCAGAUGCUACAGUGAAGCUGCUGGCAUUGAACUCAGGGAAUGGACCAUACAUAUUGAUGCCGAUGUUUGGGCAGCUUGGCAUAAAUGACUGGUCUGAGGCCACCCAUAAAAAUCAGUAUUAAGUACUUGGGCAAAUACCAUGGUGGGCUUAGCAAUCCCCUUGUUGCUGCUCUUACUGGGACACUCACUGUUCAGCAUGAGCAUGUGUGGAUAUUGCUGGGCUCCCUGAGGGCUCUCAGCUGUGUUUCAUUUUAUUGUUCUGGUUAUCCUGUUCUUCCUCCAGCUGCAUUUUAAUUCCUUGCUCAGAGUGGCUUCAUUCCUUGGCAGAGCGCCAACGAUUGUUUUGCCAAGACAUCCCUGAUGUCAUCCUAAUUUUGACCAGUUGGAAAAGUCACAUUUGUAAUGUCGGGAAACUAAGUUUUGAAUUUCAACGAAAGUGUGAUAUCAUUUUUCAUGAGAGGGUGAGAGCAUUCCCACUUCUCAAUCAGCUCAGUUGAGGCUAAAGAAGCUGAGUUGUUUGCCAUCUGUCUCCUCGCCAGUCUCUCCCCCACCAUCAUAGUUUUUGAACAGGUUGGCCAAUUUCAAUCACAAUUGAGAGAAGGGUAACUGUCUCAAAGACAAUUAGACUUCUACAGAAUUUAUCACCUGGCAGAGAAUCAUUUACGGAGAAGCAGAAAGGAGUAGGUUUGAUGGCCAGGGGUCAGUCAGCUGGCCCAUCAUGAUGGUAUGCAGCUCCAGAGUAGUGACAGCAUCUGCUGCCUCUUGUGCUGUCUCUACUUGAACUGGAAGUGUUCAAGGGGAUGUGGUGGAAUUUGACUGGUGAUGGUGGGGAGGAUGGGGCGGAUAAAGAGGAAAAAUGUGUAGGAAAAUGGGCUUCAUUAGUUCUGCUUUUCCCCAGCUUGUUUCUGAAGUUUUUUGAAGGCUUUAAAUGUAAAAAGGUCCAAAAAAUAUCCCCAUAUUUUCAGAUAUCAACAAAUUUUCUUGUCAAAUGUAUUGGAAGAUAGAGCAGAAAAAAAAAGAGAUCUAGCAUAGGAAAAACAAAAGGAGAAAUAACUGGUCUUUUAGGAUGAAGUGCAAAGGCUGCAUUUUAAACACAGGCAGGAUUAGCCUCCCAAGUCAUCUGGUCUCUCUGAGGUUGCCCAAGUGUUGGGAGGCAUGAACGGGGUCCAGAAACUGGAGCCAUUUGUCUCCAUUUGCUGUGACAAGCCAACGGUCUUUGUCUGUCAGAGGCAGCUGAAUGGGCCAGGCCAGGGAUAAAAACUGGUCCAGGGUGUAACUCCUCACAUCUGAAACUGCUCAGCAUUUCAGGUACAAAAGCUAAACAUUUCAGGUAUGUUUUAUCUUUUGAAAAUACCUUCUGCAUACUGUGUUUAGAAAUAUGGCAUGUGUGUAGGUAUAUGCUGCCUGGGAGGGCUGUUGCUUUUAUACACGCAUUUUCUGAAUGUUUGCUGCUUAACUUCAAAAGGGCACAUUAAUUUAAUUCAUUUUUCUUUAACAGUUGGCUUGAGGAGAUGUUAACUGCUUUGAAAUGGAGGAACUGAUUUUUUCUAAUUCUGAGAGGCAGUUAAAGUAAAGUAAAUGCUAAUGUUCUGGGGGUUUAUAUUCCCAAUUGCUCUAAACCAUUUAAAACAUAUAUUUAUUGUAGCACUGACUACGCUAGGCAAUCUUGCUUUCAAAAGACUGGGAAAAAAAAAAGAAGAGACAAGAAAUAGCUACUCUUCUAUUUUCUGCCUGUCCAGGUUUUAUCUUGGGCAGUAUGCAUUUAAAGUCUUAUCUUUUCACAUAAUAUCACUGUCAAUAGAGACUUUGGUUCCAGUUCACAGUUCUGUUUAAUUUCCAUUGCAUUAAAACAUUCCGCGCUUCAGAUGGGCAGCGAUUCCUGACCAGGCAUCCCUGGCAGAGGGGAAAGCUCCUCUUCAGACAGGGAAGGGACCUGAUCUCUUGUGUUUCCAUGGCAGGAGAAAAGGGAUGACAUGGGAUGGCAUGGGGCAUCUGCUGCUUAUCUUGAUAGAGGUCACUUUCAGCCAGCAGAGCAAUGCUGGUUUAUACGGGCAGGGGAUCUGUUUCCUUGCACUCUCUGCCCCCUCAGAGAGUGGACAAAGAAAAGCUGCCAGACUUGGAUUGCAGAAGAAUUUUCUUCAGGCUGAUCUGGGCAUGGAAAUGCUUCUUGGAGCCAGCUGGGGAAAGAUUAGCCGACCUUUUGACUGUAAAUUGUUGCCAGCUAAUAAGUCUUGCUUGCGUUCUGACAGGAGAGGGGAAGAUGUGUCUUUGCAGCAGAAAUUGUGUUGAAUGUUAAAAAAAAAUACAAUCAAUUUCAGGAAGACUGGAGUAACUGAACCUGUCAUUCAUUCAGCUCUUAGACGCAGAGUAGGUGCUUCUGUGUCUUCCUUUUCUAUCUCCGCUUACAGAAGUUAUAUUACUGAAGUAAUUAUGACAUCUUUGUGAAGAGCUGAAGAAUCGCUCAAGUCCUCUAUUCAGCAGCAGAGAAAUGUCAGAUUCAUCUCACAGUAAAUUUAAAAUUACACCAACCUGAACUAUCUCUACUGGCAGCAUAAUAAUAAGGCGGGUAAUCAAAAUCAAUUAAAUUCCAGUGCCUUCCUAUUGUCCUAGAAAAUUCAUUUGAAAUUAGUUUGAGUUCAUUUGACUUCUCAAUAAAAGAAGCAGAGCUUUAGAGAUAAUUUGAAAUAAGUAUAUGGCCGUGACUGAUCUUUUAUCAAGCUGCAAGGACCAGAGGAGCUGUGUGUGUGCACGUGCAUGUCAGUGCAUACUGGGUAGCAAAUACAGUCAGAUACUCGAAGUCAGUGGAGUGACUGGUUUGCGGCUGCUGUGUUGACAUAUGUUAGUUGGGACUCAGGCUUGCCAGGUCUCAUUUUGUUAAAAUUUGGAUGAGCUAUUGGUCAGGUGAAUGUCAAAAAAAAAUGUGCCUCCUUUCCCACCGUGCAAGACGGAGGAGGACUAAGCCUGCUGCGUGCUGCUCUGCAGAACCUUCAUGAAGACUGUGGAGCAACCAGAGCUCUGUGUGUUCUACCAGCCGUGACAUGCCCAGAUAUGAUGCCUGUGGGGCACUCAUCUUCCAGAUCACCAGAUCUUCAGAUGCUCCUGGGCAAUGAAUGUAUUCCCAUAGCACCUUGCCUUUUUUGUGGCACUGGCUGAGCCUUUGAAUCACCUUCAGUAGAUGAAUGGGGCAUGAGUUGGAGUGAAUGACUGCUCAGAUAGGGCUAUGGCAUGAGCAGUGGUUGUGUGGACAUAGACACAGUUGGGAGGCACAGAAAGAAAAUUUGUUGUCUAAGGAACUUUUCUCUUAGAGAAAGGUGCUGACCGAAGUCCAAGAUGGGAGCUGAGGCUGAUCUAAGCCACAGUUGAGCUGGUAACUUCAGUGCAGCCAUUGGCACCACUCUGGCUUGCCAGAAAAGCUCAUCUUGUAUAACCCCUUUUCCAAGCCUGGGAGUGGCACACUUCUUCCAGCUAAGAACCCUAUACAUAGCCCACUGAAGAAAUUGUGUUAUUUUUAAAAAUUAUUAUUUUUUUUUUUUAAAUAUACUUCCAGAUCUGCCCAUAUCUACCUAUAGUGUUAGAAACUUUGGGAAAGGGAUUUCCCCUCUUUGUGCACACUGCCUUACACAGGUCAGGUUUUAUUUACCUCCUUUAAACUUUUUCUGAGCCUUGCUUGCUGGACCCUUGGUUUUGAGGGCAAGCUGAGUCUGAUAUCCCACCUAUUGUCGUCAGGAGGGUGCUCAGCAUUAAAAAAAUCCCCCAGUCUGGUUGAGAUGCUGGAGUUGCCCCAUCCCCAGUGACCUGCUGUUCAGUUUGGCAGAAGAGGAGGUUUGGGAUGUUUUGCUGUGUGGUUUUUAUUCCUGCAGUAAUCCCAUUUUCUUCCCAUGGGAUUUUGGAGUGCUGUGGUGCCUCUUUGGGGUCAUGAGUGUAUGUGCCACAGCCAGAGAGCCCCAGGGUGCCGUUGGGGCACCCCAAAGGCUCAGAGAAAAGCCUGUGUGCCAGGAUGUGGUGGUGGGCAUGGGAGAAGGAGGGAGCAACCUGAGUCAGGAGGGAAGAAGGGUGCGACCCAGAGAGAAAACAGAAGAGCUCGGCUCUCAGCUCUUACUGACAGCAGUCUCAAAGUGAACUCACUGCUCCCUCCAGCCUUCCCAGGCACCAGCUGAUGUUUCUCACAAUCUCGCCCUGAAGCAGGCAUAGCUCUCGCUCCAUUCCUUGUCCUGCAGCGGGGGCACCCGGCACCUCUGCGGCCACUGAUCCGCUCCUUACAUCCUUCAGCCUGCCCCGAGGGGAGGUUUUAUGCGUGUCCUCCUCAGAGGCUCCGAGCAGGACUGCCCCCACCCUAGCUCGGGCGUUUCACAUCCCAUCCCCUGCUCUGCCGCGACGCCCCUGGCAGCUCCUCACUGCCUUUCCACCUCUGAACCACGGCAUCUGCUCCAUACUCCGUCUCCCCGGGCAGCCCGGCGUUCCGUCCGCCCUGUCCCGUCCCGCUGUGGAGCAUCCCGGUGGCAGGACCUCCCUCUCCCUUCUUUUCUCCCUCUCUUCCUCCCUCUCCGCGGCCUCGAGUCGCGACGGUGAUGGGGAGAGCGUCACCGUCUCCUAGCAACACCCCUAGCAACGCUCCUAGCAACCGGGCAACAUCUGCUCCCGCUGGACCAAUCCGCGCCGGGAACAUCUGGGCACCCACCUCCGCGGGCUGAGGCCGGGAGGUGAUGCGCUCCUCAGUGGCUGCAAGGACCCGGAGGAGCUGCCACAACUACCUUCACUGCCACCACUGCCACCACCUUCUCCAUUGUCACCACCUCCUCCAGGAGCAGCAGGCAGCCCGGACAGCAAGAGAAGCACCGGGAGCAUCACUCCCUCCAGAGCCGGGGCUCGCUGGGUAACCCUUCAGCAGUGCUCUGCUGCCAGAAAUGCUCGCUGAGCCUGUACGAGGAGGAAAUUUUACCAGAACUGCUGAGAUUAACCCAGAAAGACCCUUUGCAGAUUGACUCCGCAUCCUCAGAGCUGAUCUGAUCGGGGCCUACCAAAGACACUAACGACGUCGAAAGUAGCCUACUUUAAGAGAAAAUAUGCAGAAGAAGAACAUUUACAUCAAGAUUACCAUGAGUAUUGUCCAAAAAACCUGAUACUACCUGAGGACCGGACUUGUAUUCUAAAACUUUCUCUCCAGAAACUCCGAUUCCUGGAUGACCCUGAAGCCUAUCUCCGUAGGUCUGUAUUAAUUAACAAUCUGUUGAGGAAGAUUCACCUAGAGACAGAGAGGGAGAGCUAUGAAUACUUUAAGGGGGCUCCGUGUUAUAGGACUGCUUACUCUGACACACGAAAACGGUUGAAGUUUAUGGUCCAGGAGUGCUGUUCCCAGUCGCUCUAUUAUGAAGAGCUGCAUUCGUAUCGCAUCGUGCCUUACUCUGCAGAGAACGCCGUUUAUGGAAUGGGCUACACGAGCAACUUGGAGCAAAAUUCUCAAUUGCUUAUUUAUAAAAUGAAUUAAAGUAGCUGUUAGAUACACCGAUGUUUGUUUCUGAAUGCUUGAACUGCUUAUUGAUAUGUUAAGAUGAGGCACUAAUUGCAGAUAUACUUGCGAUCAAAGGCAGAUGCGUUCAGAGCUGAGUGGAAGGUACUUUGAAUAAUUCUUUGCAGUCCCUGCUGUUAUCCCCUGGUUAUGGAGAACCUUGACAUACACACAGAGCUGGUGCAAUAUGGAGGUCCUUAUCUGCAGAGAUUGCGUGCAAUGUGUUUUGUAGAAACAAAGCUGCGUUUAAGUUAUCUGUGUGUAGACAGAGACAUUCAAAAUCACUUUGCAGUUAAAUUAUGCCAUCCCCAGUGGGAGUCCCCAAAGUAGUGGAGUAGUCUAACAAUGAGGAGUAAAAUGCAAGUUAUUUAUUGUAAAGGUAUAGAUAGAACCUUUAUUUGAGAAAUGCUUUGACCAUGAAGGAGUCAGUGCCAAAAGAAACAGCCUUUUGCUUAGGAUUUUCAGAGACUUAACUUACUUGCUACUUACAAGACACUCUAUACUGAUAUUUACAAGGGUUUAUUUCUUUUUUUUCUUUUCUUUAAUAAUUGCAUUCACCUUUUACUUAUCUCUUAGCUGGUAUCUACUUUGCUAUUUUAAAACAAACCAGAAUGACUCACAGGAAAGAUAAUUUCUUCAGCCCGUCGUCAGCACUUCCUUAACUUCAUUUGAUUCUUUCCCUAGUUGUUUCCAUGAUACUUCUUUGCAUGCUAAUUUGUUGUUAGGCCAGAGGUUCACAUUGGUGCUAGGGAGUAGACAGUAAUUUCAUUUGCGUGUAAUACAAAAGGCAGAAAAACAGUUGCAGCUCUCAUAGCUAGAGAAUGAAUGUAUCUGACAGAUGUUAGUAAAACCUCAGAGGUUCUCUUGAUGAAACUGCUCAGCAUUGGUAAUAGUGCUUCAGGUUAAGUGAAAUGUCUGAUUUAAAUCUGAGAAUUAACCUUAGAAUAUGUAAAUAUGUAUUUCACAAGCUAUGUCAUAAGAGAUAUUCAGCAAAUUGAUGACUACAAGUGGAAAGUUUUACAGCUGCCAAAGCUAUGUCAUGAAAAUACCAAAGAGUAAUGUAAGGGAAAAGACAAUGCUCCAGCAAUGGGGUCAAAAGCAAAGAUUGCACUAUAACCUGGGGAAAUGUGAUUAACGAGCCUGUAAACUUGCUGUUACCCAGACACCUGCAGUUCACCUGUGGGUGACUCACAUCCCAGAAUUGCUGAACAAAUGUACGAGAUGAUCCAAAGCCUGUCAAAGUCCUACAGGUCUUUUGGCUUACAGUGAAGAAACCGGCAUUGCCUCGCUGGCUGUCACGACUUGAAAGCUUUAAAGCAAAGUAAAUAGUAGCGCACGCUCAGCUGGAGGCAGAUAUGUAUCUAAGUACAUAAUUUUUUUAAUUUUGAAAGCCUUUGCUCAUGCAGAUGUGGCUGAUGCUAUUUCCGAAGCAUUAUACAGUACGAACAAAUACCAUUGCUCGCCAGGGCUGUGAUUCAUGUAGGAUUCCUCCUGUCACCCUGCUUCGAGCGUCCUAGUUGUGUGUGUUGCACAUGUCAUCGCAGCUCUCAGGCGCGUGUUAGUAGAGCAGGAGAAAGGCAGGAAGGCAAGAGCAGGAGGUGCAAAGUUAAUUCCAACAUCAGUAAUUAGAAGCCAGUACGGGUUUAAGAGACAGAAGGAAACAGGGAAAUCCAAGAGGUUUUUUUAUUAAAAAAAAGGCAACAGUCCAAAUUGAAACAAGGAUAACCUGCAAACUGGAGAACAUAAACAGUGCAGAUAUUGUGGGAAGGCUGGAAAAACAGGGCAGUGCUGUUUGGGAAGUAUUGUUAGUCACAAUGAAUGUUCAGAUCUUUGUUUUUAUCUUGAGACAAGGCAUAUUUACUUUUACAAAAGAGUGUCUUUAAACCUGGGAUCAGUGUUAUUUGGUGUCAGAAUUUGGUGCUUGGCUAUCUGUGAUUAUAUUCCUGCUGCCUCUGGGCUUGCAGCAGCCCAAAAUCAUGUGAGCCCCAUUUGCCAUAGUUUGGGGAAUCUACAGCUAAAAGUGGCCAUGCCCAUGGCCAUCUCAACAGGGGCCGGAUGAGAAAGGCCAGGCUGUUUAUCAGGUGUGUAGAACAGCCCUAAUACCACCAGUAAAAGCUGGCAGCAAAACCCAUCUGGGAUGUGGGCUGGAGAUAUGAUGGACGUCAUGAGAGAUGCCAUUAUCCACCAAGAGCUCUCUGGCCUAUGCUGGCACCUCACACGCCUCGUGCAGACUUAGGGGCUGGACAAGGGCAUUAGGAGAUUGCUACGUGGCAAAGGAAAAUUACUUCUGUCUUCUGAUUUUUUUGAACUAUGUAAUUUUCCGUUCUGAAAUGAUCUGUUUUUUUUCCUUUGUGUCCACUUUUGCCUGAAUUCGUGAUGGUCUAGCAGCUACAUGAAAUGCUAAAAUGCUUUAUUUUUCCUCUCACAGACCUACUUUAUUAUAUUUAGAGGAUGGUUCUGGCCUGAGAACCCAAAACUUUUAAUGUAAAAUAAGCAACAUUUCAAAGGAAUGAAAAGUAGGCUUAAAGCCUCUAGUCUCAUCUGAAAAAAUAAACAAAAAACAAACUAAAACCAUUGUCCCUGUUGGAUUAAUCUUUGAAGAGUAACUUCCUUGCCUGCUGGAAGGGGCAGAUACUUUCUUGCCCAUUGAAAGCUUCUCUAAUAAGUUGUUAUGAUAACUGAACAGAUAGAACAGACAGAAAUCUGGAUCAGACAACAAAACUCCUUGGGCUACCUGUGAAAGAGGAUAUUUUACUCAUGUUUUUCUCACAUGUUGCUUUCUUGAACAAAAAAACAUAGUGUGAUUUUUUUUUAUUAUUAUUAUUUUUACUUGCUAUAGGAGCUGUUAAAAUUAAUUCUUUCUAGAAAACUUUUUAUUUUAAUGGUUGACUUUUUGAUAUGAAAUUGAAUCAAAGGUCCACAAUUAUAAAUAUCUAAGUCUGACCAAGUUUUCAAUGCCUUCUGCUUUGUGCAGCAAUUUGUGCUGUUGAAAAGUGGGUCUGGAAUAUUCUAUUUGAUGCUUAAAACCCAUAAUUUAUUGGGUGAUAAAGAAGUACAAAGGUGCAAUAACGUUGCAAGUUACUCCUGAAAUAUGUAAUUUGACACUUUUAAAAUUAUAUACUUAUUUUAACAUUUAGUUACAAGGUACUAGAAUUUUAAUACAGCUACAUACCAUGAUUUUUCUUUUUUGGGGUUGUAGCUACGACUCAGCUCUUCUGGCUUCUGACGUGUGAAUCUGUCUGUAGGUGGUCAACUUUCAGUGAUUAUAUAUAUAUAUAUAUAUAUUAUAUUAUGACUGCAGUAGGAACUCCCACAUAUGGGCUAUGUUUGCACUGGAUGUAAAGAAAGUCCUUCCUUCCCUUUGACUCAGUUGCCUUGGAGAUAGGAUAUUCAUCAAAGAGAAUAUAGAUGAGCUGGGUGACAAGGACAGACUUGGAAAUGAUUUUGAAAAUGACUGACUUGAGACAAUUCAUUUUCGUCUUAUAAUGGCAGCACACUUGGCUGUAAUUAGUGUUUCAAUGAGUUAAGUUUUCUUUUUAUGCCACUUUUCCCUACCUGGCUGUAAAUGUUGGGCCUGAUCCUAGAUGCCAAAGGAGCGGAGGUGGCUCCGUGGGAGGCACGGGGUGGGCACAGGGGUGCGUGGGGGGUGCAUGGGGUCACCUGAAGCUGCGGGAGCUGUGUCUGAAGGCCAGAAGGGUGCAGACCCCAGGGGCAACAUCUCUGCCUGUACAGCCUUGGUGCAGACACCCCAAAAUAUGAGGGUCCUGAUCCUGUAAACACUUUGGUUAUGAUCUAAGUUUCUUUGCAUGGGUCCUCUCACUGAAGCCCGGGAGGUUCCUCGUGUACGUGACGCUCAGCAUGUGUUAUGAACAUGUGCAGGGCCGGGGUUGCUGUGCACCUCAGAGGUUCUCCUCAACUGCCUAAUUAUCAGUGAAAGUGAUUAUCGAGCUGCCGCUUGAGUUCUUGAAUACGUUUAUACUGCACUGUAAAUUGAACUUUUGUUUUUCUUUCAAUGAAUGUGUUGAGUAUAUGGACUAUUGUGCCUUAAAGUCCCAUCCUCAUAUGAGCCUUUGUAUAUGUUCUGUAAAUCUGCAAACCGUGUAUAGCUGAUAACUCUGUGCGCUCUCUACAGAUGUGGUUUGGUACUUGGCAGGGCCGUGGGAAACAGCGCCCUGACCUCAGUUUGCAAUGAGAACAGAGGGGAUAUGGCAAUUCACUCUUCUCUUUUUAAGAUUGCUUUCCUCUUGGCUGUUCAUGAACUCUCUUUUCCUGGUUUCUGUCAUAUCUGGGUUCUGGGUUACCCACAACACCAGGCACCCUUCAAAGGAACUCAGAAAGUUGUAAAAAAGUUGUCUCCAGCUUUUAAACGUCAUCUGUACAGUGCUCUCUCAGCAGGGAAUCACAAUUGCAUAUAAUAACUGUGGCAGGUGUUGUCAAGUAUAUCAUCGUAUAUUUGACAUGGUUAACAAAGCUGAAAAGGGAACACCUAUUUCUAUUGAAAUGCAUGAGCCUGCAUUAUGUGAAAUACAUGGUGAUUAUACACCACCUAAUUGGAAUAAUACCUACUGGUUCUAUAAUAAAAAAAUGGCUUUUUAAUGUUUAAAAUUACUUGGGACCUGAUGAAAGGUUUUUAUGAAAUUGUUUUCUAAAGUGAAUAGUAGAAAAAUGUACAUGUAUUUUAAAUAUACAUAUGAUGUGCAUGUUAUUAAUAAAGAUCUAUUUCUAUUGAACCAGA